AAAGUUAUGUGAACCACGAUUAAUAGUUCGUAUCUGGAGAGAUAGUAACAAAACCGUGAGACUCGGUACGUGCAGUCGCUAUUCCCCUUCGAACUCCUUCGAAGUCGUACGCUGAAAGUGAAGUAAUCGGAAAAAUCCAUUAAGAUGCCUAAUAUUAUAUACGACAUCAAAUUAGAUUUCAAAGAUGUUUUAUUACGCCCGAAGAGGAGUACAUUAAAAAGCAGAUCCGAUGUUGAUUUGUUCAGAGAAAUCACAUUUCGUAACUCUAAACAAACUUAUAAAGGAAUACCGGUGAUGGCUUCAAACAUGGAUACUGUAGGAACAUUUGAAAUGGCAAAAGCUUUGUCGAAGUAUGGACUCUUCACUACUAUUCAUAAGUAUUAUACAGUGGAAGAGUGGAAAAAUUUUGCUAUUGAACAUCCCAACUGUCUCAAAAAUGUAGCUGCAAGUUCUGGGACAGGGAAGGAGGACUACGAGCGAUUAUCAAGCGUUUUAGCAACUGUACCUGAAUUAUCUUUUAUUUGUUUAGACGUUGCUAAUGGAUAUUCACAGCAUUUUGUUGAAUAUGUUAGGAAAGUGCGACUUGAGUAUCCCAAUCAUACAAUAAUUGCAGGUAAUGUGGUAACUGGAGAAAUGGUAGAAGAGCUGAUACUCUCUGGAGCUGAUGUAAUAAAAGUUGGAAUUGGCCCUGGAUCUGUGUGCACUACACGAAUGAAGACAGGUGUAGGAUACCCACAACUGAGUGCUGUCAUUGAAUGUGCAGAUGCAGCUCAUGGCUUGAAGGGGCACAUAAUAUCGGAUGGAGGUUGUACUUGUCCUGGGGAUUUAGCAAAGGCUUUUGGAGCUGGUGCAGAUUUUGUGAUGGCAGGUGGUAUGUUUGCUGGUCACGAUGAAUGUGGCGGAGAAGUUAUAGAGAAAAAUGGGAAAAAAUUCAAAUUAUUCUAUGGUAUGGCUUCAAGCACUGCGAUGGAGAAGCAUGCUGGAGGGGUUGCAGAAUAUAGAUCUUCAGAAGGAAAAACUGUACAAGUGCCUUAUAAAGGUUUAGUAGAAAAUACUAUUCUUGACAUGCUAGGUGGUUUACGUUCUGCAUGCACGUACACAGGUGCACAACGAUUACGUGAAUUACCUCGCCGCGCUACAUUCAUACGUUGUACACAACAGUUAAACCCUAUGUAUGGUCCACCACCAGAACUUUGAAGUUUUCUCAAUAAUUUAAUUUAUUGCAAACCAAAUUUAAAAAGAAUGCUUUACUUAUUGAAGUCGAUUAUUAAAUUAAUAUUACUUGCUGGCAAAUAAUAUUUGUAUAAAAUCUUCGAGGCUUUAAUUAACAUAGAUAAACAUAUGCUGUGAGAAUAGUUUUUUCGAACUACGUUUGAAUUUAAUGAGUUCAAACAGAGCAAUGAAUGCUUAAAGCACAAAUAUACAUUUUAUUAUAUUAUUUGUAUAUUUUCUAUAAAUAAUGCACAUUUCAUUGUGUACAGAAGCAUUU